UUUCAAUGCAACAAGUCGGCCACUGAGAUCAGCACGGUUCAGAGUAUCAGUGGAGAGAGACCAGACCGGCUGUGGGACAGUCAUGGAGGCUCCAACAGGCUAGAGAGCGGGGUGCUGCCCGCAGGAAUAUGCACCUUGCGGAGAUAAGAACGUGCCUUUUCAGCACUUUGUGCGUUGGAUCAUUUUUCUGUUUGUCGGAACACGUGGAGCUGAGUGGCCACAAUGCCGAAGAUCGUCUAUGUUUAGGAAGAUGACGCACUCGUUUUGUAAUAUAACAGUUCAGUCUGCUCCUACUAGCGGUGCUAUGUUUUACCCACAUUCUUCUAACUGUAUCUUUCAUAAAUUUCUUGUUAUCAUAUGAGAUAUUACAUCAAGGUCAAGAGUAAUAAAUGACUUGAAUAUGAAAGAUUAGCUACGUGGGUUAAGCGUAAUUAAUUACAAGGAACUAACUAGCAUUGCUAAAUCAGGAUUACAUUUAACUUUAGCUUAAUUAGCAAAUCUUUAUAUUUGUUUACACAUAUGUACAGAUAUCUACAAAUUACACUGUGGCGUCAUAUUUUCUGUUUGCCACUCUCAAAAAGACUAAACUAUAUGAAAGAGUCCAAGUAGAAGGAACACUUUUGCAGGCACUGCUGUUUACAAAUGCACUUAAUUCAACGUUCAUAUCAAAGUUAUUGCUGGAAGCAUUUUAAGUACCGAGGGAGACAUCUGUCCGAAUAGACACGCUUUGGUCGUGCGGAGCUCCUACGUCAUGCAAACCCCCUGCUGUGUUUUACGCUUGAAGCGGAGAGUGUGAGUGGAGGAAGAAGGGCAGCCUGGAGGCAACUUUUCGAGUGGAACAUCACAAUCUGUUCGAAAAUGGCUCAGAUAACGAGUGAAGGGGCCGACCAAGAUUCUCAGCCGACGUCGGAUCAAAACGGCACCGGUGAAACAGCAGAAACCGGCAAGGAGGUAACGUUACAGGCCGUGCCGGACCCCAAACAGGAACCGGGCGACAACAGUGAGAACAGAGCAGGAAUGGACGUGCUCAGUGGUCGUGGUACAACCGUGGACAACCCGUCUCCUGUUUCCGACGGGGACAAAGACACAGCGUUACCGACCGAAGAAACAGAUAACGAUGAAGGGGAACCCGGCGGUAAACUCUCUGAACCGGGGAAAAGUCCCGUACAGGGGAGUUUGGCGAGUAGCACUGAUUCCGCACAAGAGGGCUCCCGGGUGCUGAAACAAGAACAAAGAGAGGGGGAGAACGUGUCCUCCUCACCGCCUACCGACCGCACAAAGACCGCGGAGAAAGCCGAGCACGGCACCAAGAGACGGGCCAGCGUUGAACUGACCUCUUCGGAUGGAGAACCGCUCAGUCGGAUGGAUUCAGAGGACAGUAUUGGCAGCACCCUGAUGGACAUGGAGAGCACGGCGUCCAGCGGUCGCUCCACCCCGGCCAUGCUCAACGGUCAUGGUGGGGGUGCGGCAGCGGGGAGCGGCUUGGCGCCAGCGGGGGGCAAGUCUCUGAGCUACACGUGCUGCUGGGAUCACUGCCAGCUCCUGUUUCCCAGCAGCCCCGACCUGGCCGAACACAUCAGAGCCACACAUGUGGACGGACAGAGAGGAGGGGUGUUCGUGUGUCUCUGGAAGGGCUGCAAGGUGUACAACACGCCGUCCACCAGUCAGAGCUGGCUGCAGAGACACAUGCUGACCCACAGCGGGGACAAGCCGUUCAAGUGCGUGGUGGGAGGCUGCAACGCCACGUUUGCCUCUCAGGGGGGGCUGGCCCGUCACGUCCCCACUCACUUCAGCUCACAGAGUUCAUCCAAAGUGUCCAAUCAGGGCAAAGUGAAGGAGGAGUCUCCGUCCAAGGCCGGCCUCAACAAGAGACGGAAACUCAAGAACAAACACAGACGCUCGCUCCGUAUGCUCAGCAUAUGCACACACACACACACACACCUCAAUAUCCAAAUACAUUUUCAGCGUAUUCAAACCCACACUGAAGCGAAAGACAAAACGGUCAUCAUAAUUUUUAUAUUUCCAGCCCGACCUCACGACUUCUUUGAUGCUCAGACCAUGGACGCGAUCCGCCAUCGAGCCAUCUGCCUCAACCUGGCAACGCACAUCGAGAGCCUGGGAAACGGACACAGCGUGGUCUUCCACAGCACGGUAAUAGCCAGGAGGAAAGAGGACUCUGGCAAAGUGAAGGUCUUGUUGCACUGGACACCUGAAGACAUACUGCCAGAUGUGUGGGUUAAUGAGAGUGACAGACUGCAGCAGAAGACCAAGGUGGUUCAUCUGUCCAAGCUACCCACAGACACAGCUGUACUCCUGGACCCCAACAUCUACAGGAUGUUCUUCUGAACACCUCCAGAGGAACUCCACUGUCACUUCCUGCUAAUCCAACCUCGAGGAGGAGACUCUCCUUUUCCCUUCGUCUCCAUCUCAUCACCUCUUCUCGUCUCCUCCCUCUCUCAGAGGAUGCUGGGAGAUUAGUGACUUAUUUGUCAUGACUCUGAAGUGUUUUUCUCAUUAGGUGCUGAGUUUACUGAGAUGUUGCUUGUUUUAGGUAACACAACUAGACUGAAAACUAACUGACAGAACUGUAGACAGUUAGACACAUGUAGAGAGAAGCUCUUUGUAAAUACUUGAGAUUUGUAAUAUAUUUUUAUACUUUGAAUUUUUUACUGUAGAUAGAUGUCUUUUUUCUGCCAAACAUUUUUAAAUAGAUGUUUUAAAGACGAAUGAUAUUGGUCAUGUGCAUAUAGCUGGCAUUGCUCUGGUUUGAUGUCAUUAAACUUUUCCAACCUCCA